GAAGUCGGGUGCCCCGCAGACUUGUCGGCCGCUGGUGCUCGAAGACACGCUGUGGAGGGAAACGGGAGGAAGGAGGAGGAAAGCGCCGGCGCCCCAGGAGCGAGACGCCCCUCGCUGGGGCCUGUGGCAAGGAGGCCGCCGGUGGCGCAGAGCGCGGCCGCCUCGCCAGACGGGGCAGGAUGCUGGUCCUCACGGCGGGGCCCUAUCAGAUGGGGUGAGAGUCAGCAAUGCUAAGUAUUCCUGCUAUGGUGCCAUACAAUUGACAAAUCCCAAGAAGCUCUCCAUGAAGAGGUGGAGUAGUAUCAGCAUAAUGAAGACCGCAUCUUUCAGUGUUACAGCUUGAUGGAAGCCAUGCGGAUCGUUCAAAGCGAGUUAAACUGCUGGGAAAAGCAGGCCCAUUGGCCCUUGCAAAGAGUCGAGAUACCUUUUUCGCUGGCUGACGUGACUGCCAAUCGAAGAUUUCCUCACAACAUCCCGCCUCCUCCUGGCAACAGUCGGGUUUGGUUGCGAGAGAGCAGGGAAGGAGACGCUGCCCUUCCGAAGCUAUGGAGCAGGGAUGCGCGGGUUUUAAAAAUCUCUGGUCUAAGCCAAACAUGCUCCUGGAACUGCUUACAAAUCGGAACGAAAUUUCCCACUGGAGAUGGUUUGUAGAUUCCUGAGGUGCCCACCAAAGCAAAGCUGGAUUUCAGAGCAGCCUUUCUGAACAGCAGCCCUUUCCUACACCGUGUUCCAGUGAGCGCCCAGAACCUCGCUCCAAAUGGCGUUCCAGAGAACUGAGGGGAUGUCCAUUAUCCAAGCUCUGGCUAUGACUGUGGCAGAGAUCCCAGUGUUUCUUUACACCACGUUUGGUCAGUCUGCCUUCUCUCAGCUGAGACUCACCCCAGGCCUGCGCAAGGUGCUCUUUGCCACAGCUCUGGGGACCGUCGCCUUGGCCCUUGCCGCACACCAGCUGAAGCGCCGCCGCCGUCGGAAGAAGCAGCUCGCCCCGGAGAAGGCCGGUGCCAAGCCUACAGCAGUUCCGGUCCCCAUCCUGCCGACGAGGCGGGUCCCUUCCGUAAAAAAGGGCUACUCCAGCAGGCGCGUGCAGAGCCCUGGCAGCAAGAGCAACGACACCCUCAGCGGGAUCUCCUCCAUCGACCCCAGCAAGCACUCCAGCUCCUCACACAGCUUGGCGUCGAUGGUGGCCGCAAACUCGUCCAGCCCAACUCCAGCUUCUGCAGCGCCCUGGGAAGCUCGGCUUGUGGAAGACCCUGGAGCUGCUGGGGACUGCAGCGCGGAAAAUCUCUACUUUCAAGGGAUGGAGCUGUUUGAGGAGGCCUUGCAGAAGUGGGAGCAAGCCCUAACUGUCCGGCAGAGGGAUCGUACUGCCUCUCCCCUCACCUGGGACAACUCCAGAGAACUGGAAAUGCUGUCAGAAGGUCUCCUGGAGGAAUCUCAGAAAAGAGAGUUUGCAGAGAAAUUGGAAUCGCUCCUGAACAGGGCGUACAACCUCCAGGAAGAGUUUGGCUCCACCCUUCCCACGGACAGCAUGCUGAUAGACCUGGAGAGAGCCCUCGCGCUUCCCAUGACCGAAGAGUCUCUGGGAUGUCGGGUUGAUGAUGAAGAGGACAGCUUGACCUCUGAGGAUUCCUUCUUCUCUGCUGCUGAGCUGUUUGACUCCUUGCAAGUUGGAGAAAUGCCGUUCCAGCUUUCCAAGCCAGCUGCUGCCUAUGAAGAAGCCUUACAACUGGUGAAGGAAGGAAGGGUUUUGUGCAGAACUUUCCGAACAGAGCUGCUAGGCUGUUACAAUGACCAUGACUUCCUGGCAAAGCUCCACUGUGUCCGACAAGCUUUUCAGGAGCUCCUCCAGGUAGACAGCAAUCAGAUGUUUUUUGGGGAGGUGGGGAAACGAAUGGUGAUGGGACUGAUCACCAAGGCUGAGAAGAAUACCAAAGGGUUCCUGGAAAGCUACGAAGAGAUGUUGCGGUACACUUUGAGACAGGAGACGUGGCCAACAACGCAGAAGGAGCUGGAAGGACGUGGGGUAGUUUGCAUGAGUUUCUUCGACAUCGUGUUGGAUUUCAUCCUUAUGGAUGCCUUUGAGGACUUGGAGAACCCGCCUUCUUCAGUGCUUGCUGUCCUGCGUAACCGUUGGCUCUCCGACAGCUUCAAAGAGACGGCCCUUGCAACAGCCUGCUGGUCAGUUUUGAAAGCCAAGAGGCGACUUCUCAUGGUCCCAGAUGGGUUCAUCUCCCAUUUCUACUCCGUAUCGGAGCAUGUCAGUCCUGUUCUGGCUUUUGGGUUUCUGGGGCCAAAGGAACACCUGGCAGAAGUCUGUGGCUUCUUCAAGCAUCAGAUAUUGCAAUAUUUGAAAGACAUGUUCGACCUUGACAUUGUGAGGUACACAACGGUGCCCUUACUAGCAGAAGACAUCCUCCAGCUUUCCCGGCGCCGUAGCGAGAUUCUGCUGGCCUACUUGGGGGUUGAGGCGACCCCAGAGAUGAAUGGGACUGUGCCCAGCAACAUCGUCCCCUUGGAGGAAGUCAACUAAGAUCGCUUGUGUAGGUUGGGAAUCUCCUGGCUUUUCAGAGACAGUCAUUUGUUGGGAAUGGAUUACCGCCACAAGCAAGUGGCUUAAUCAGGGAGGGAAAAAACCCCUUCCUGUUUUUCCGUCCCAGGAACAUUUUGGGACAUUGGCUGACUGCCCAGAUGUUCCUAGCUGCAUCUGGAGGUUUUGUAGGGAGCAUUUGAGGACACUUUGGCUUGCUCUUUGCUCUCCUGUUCACUCUUAAUUUUGGUUUUUUAAACUGUAGCAUAAGUUGUAAACAUCUGGGCUCUGCCCUCUUACUGCCCUCUUACCAGUCUUGCACGGGGUCACUGCACAAGAAUUCCCUCCUGUUUAAAUGUGUGAGCAGAAAAUCAGGGAAGAGUCAGGAGAAAUGCAUUUCGUUCUGUUUCCUGACUUCUCUUUGAUUUAAAAGUGAGAAGUUUCUUGUAUGUUUGUAACAUUAUUCCUUUUGCUGCAUCUGUAUGUACAUUCAGGUUCAUCACCUUUUUGUUUGGUUUAAGUGUUAUGACUUUUGGUCAUGGUAAUGCUCUCUUGAUUGCACAGGGAGAAAUACCCACACACAGACAUCUUGCAGCGGGGAGCAAUUGUCUCUGUAAAGCACUGCAAAACAGCUUUCUGGAUGAGUUGGGCUAUGAUUUCCACCACUCCCAGCUCACAGGGCUGGCUGGGGCAUGCUGGGAGGUGUAGUCUAGCACACCAGGAGGGCACUAGGCUGGGGAAAGAGGCACUAGAAAACACUCUAGUGAAGUGGAGCAUUGUGGGGAGCUAUGAAGUUUGAGGGGAUUGUCCUGCUUGCCAGGAUCGGAUAAAAUCCAUUGUCUUCUCCUUCCGUGGCUGCAUACAAUGCUCUAGAAUGUCCAGAGGGUUCUAGAUCUGUGCAGAGAGGACUGCACUGGGGGCAAGCUACACAUUAUCCCUGUAGCUCACUUGUCUGGUGGUGCGCCAGUCUGAUGCAUCUUGCCAGGGAUGCACUGAAUCUAAUGUGAAGUUUCCACUCCUCACUCUGUUUGUAAACAGCCUUGAGCAAGUGGCAGACCUAGGCAUUUUAAUGUUUUAAAGUUACAGGCAUGGUGACAUGUUGCACUGCCCUUAGCAUGCAUGUUGGCCCUUUUGCUGAGCAAGUAGGUCUAAGCUGGUCCACAGGCUCUGCUUGCUGUGGAGGAUCCUAAACGUAUGUCUGGCAUGCUGCACACCACCCCGUAGGGAAGCUGAGAACGGGGACAGGCCCCUUCUGCCCACACCUUCUUCCCCAGGGACAAAACAGGCAACAGGCUGCUGGGGGGCAGGGGGGUGCAGGAGCAGCUGGCUGCUUGUCCAGCAAGGAGUGCUGGUGAGGACUGGGCCCCUGUGCUUUCGUAAGACUCUGCUGCCCUCUGUGGCCCAAUUGUGAUGCUGCAGUGCCUCGCACAGCAGACACAGAACCGAACCUGCACAUUCUUGCAGAGAGGAGCUUUUUGAAUGAACCGUUUGGGGAACUUGUGGGAGAAGCUUGGCAUGGGAGUUUCCUCCACAGACACCAGGCUCGGCUAUCCUCAUGGCAUAACAUCCGCGGAGGACCACUGGCGGUAUGAGGUGCUCUAAUCGCCAGUGGGCUCAUGGUUUGGUCCCUCCAGACUGAUUAGGCACACCUAGGAAGUGCCCCCUAAUCCUCUGCAGGGCACAGUGGAAACAGUCUGCAGAUUGGUGGGAAAAGGGAAGCGGUUUCAAAGGCAGGAAAUUCUGGAAACAGUGAUACUGGUUGUGCGAGUUUUAUAGCAAGUAUGAAGAGGCUGGCUUCACAGGGAUGCUUUCCUGCAAUGGGUGUUCUGGUGCCUUUUUAGUAUUUGCAUCUAAGGAUCGGCCUCAUGCAACCCUCCAGCCUUUAGUACAGACAGUGGCAUCUUUUCAUGUACACUAAGACAGAAGAGCCUUGUAGUGUGUGUUGUACUCUGGCAAGCAACACAAGGAAAUGUGCUGAGCCAAGUGUUACAUAAAAGGUAGAUUUUAGAGGCCUGGGUGCCCCAGAGAGCUGCUUGUAACAAGCUUUUUAAUCUUUUCAUGGCAGGAGCCUCUACUUGAAAAAACCCCUGUAAGUUGCAUAACUGAAGGCUACAGAUAGUGAAUGGUUCUGCUCAGGCUGAUUGUAUGAAACAUUGGAAACGGGGGUACGUGGGAGCCGUCUUCCUGCACCUUGUUUAGCAGGAGUGGCUUGGCAGAAUUCAGUUACCCUCCAGGUGUUCUGCGUUAUGCAGCUCACACCUCCAGUGAGCCUGGGAGCAGUGGAAAACAUGGACUCGGCUGGGGAAGUUUCUUCGAGGUAAUUUGAGGGAGGAAGACUAGCAUUUAGAAUGCAGGGCCCCUUUCAGAGGCUAGGAGGAUAAUCACAGCUCACAGAAGUGACCUUGCUUAAGUGGAAGGAAAUCAAUCUGAUCAGCCUCUUCUUUUUCUGAUCAAUUACUGUUUUUUCUCAUUCAAAAAGCACCACCCUUUGUCCUUGGGUAGCUGGCCCGAUGGACAGCCAAACCCUACACAUCGGGAUUGGGUGGAAUGGAAAGCCUGUCAAGACUGCUGGUGAAUAUGUUUAGCAGGCCAUGUUACUAGUUCUCAAAGUUCUUGUGGGAUGCUCUGCUGCAUAAGCACCUUGAAGCAAUCAUGGUCCAGUUGUUUAUUUUAAUGGGGCUUCUUGCUGGAUUAGACUCUCUGGCCUCAUUUGUGCACAUUUUGCUGGCUAAGGCAGCAGUCUGAAGCACAUGUAAUUAGAAGUAGGUCUUGUUGCAACAAAGAAGCCGAAUAAGACACCCAACACUCACCUUUUACUAGCAUUUUUUCUUCAGGUCUACGCAUAUGUAGACAUAACAGGGAAUCGAAGCAUCUUUAUGCAUGCUAUGAACUGAGAAGGAAAAGGAAAAAGAACCUUUCUCUGCUUCAGCCCUUAGCAUCAUAAAUAAGCUGAUGUUGGACCUCAUUUUACUUUCCUUACUGGUCCAGCCCCAUUCCUUUGACUGUAGAAUACACAGGUGCAGUUCUUAAUCAGGUGACAGCACACACCUGGUGAGCUCACGGCUCUCCCAGAUGCCUGAUCAGAAAUGCUUCCCCUCAGAUCUGGCCACUCUGUGAGAAUUGCAUCAUUGGUUCUUGACACAGGCAUCGGAAACAGCCUUCCUUAAUCUGGUGCUCUCUGGAUGCGUUGGAUUAUAGCUUCUAGCAUUCCUGAGCCAUGUUGGGGAAGUCAGUCUGACUGCUUUGUCACUCAGAGAACUAUGCUGCAUCUUUAAAUACAUUUUUAGCAAUCAUGAGAUGUGGCUGUGGCGCAUUUCUCCUGUGCAUUUUUCAUUCCCUGUUGCUGUCUGGCACACCUCGAGUCCUGUCCACACUGGCCGCAGGAAGAGAAGCGCACAAAGGGACUAGAGAGAAACAGAUGGUGGGAGCCAUUGGUGGCUGCUGCUCUCAGCUUUGGGAUGAAUUCAAAGCACAGGGUGGAUUUAAAGGGGCAGUCCCCCUGAAGCCCAUAUUUUUAUUUUAAUAUAAAGGACCUGAAAAGGGUUUUGGGGGUGGGACAUCAGCGCUGGGAGAAAGUCCUACCCAACAGAACUAUCCCUAUCAUUCUUCCAGGAUCUGUGCCAAGUAUAAAGUUGAAUGUUUGCUCUAAUAGAUGGCUUCAAAUAUGAAUAAUCCACAUGAACAAAAAGAUUACUAUCCUCAAAGUGGAUUUUUGUGCCCCUAGGAAAAAAUAGCCAUGACUUAGGAAACAUUUUCCACAUUUCAGGGCUAUUUUCAGAAUGUGUUUUCUUAAGUUAAACUAUUUUGGAAGGAAGUGGGUGUACUGGAUUUUAAGUAACUGAGCCACUUACCUGGGGGAUCUGGGAUUCAUUGGGAACACUGUCCAGACAGUGCCUGCACCUUUAAUAUUUGUUCAUGAACAUUUGUUAAUAUCCAUAGAUCAAGAAACUGUUAAAGCAGCCUUUCCCAAUCUGCACUCCCCCCCCCACCAGAUGUGAUGGAACUUGUAAUCCUACACACUUGGAGAGUACAAGACUGGAGAAAGCUGCAUUUAAGGAAUGGGAAAUGCUGUUAACCCUUUGUAAAGGACAUUCCUGAGCAUUCUGAAAUUAAUGAAUGUAAGUUUUGUGCCUAAUUCUUUUCUCCCCUUCCCCCAAGCUGUAAAUACUCAUCUUUUGUUCAUUGCACUGCCUCUCAUCCCCUUUGCAAUUAUAACUUUUGUAUCCCAUUAGGAUUUUUGACAUUUAAAAGCAAAGUCAAAUAAACAUUUCCUUCAUUCUCAAA